UUGACCGACUCAAGAUCUUCGCAUCAAUGGCGGUCAAGCAAAGCUAAGGCGUAAAGACAAUAGCAGAUAAUGAGAUGAAGUUCAAGUGUGUGGAUGUGAGGACGCUGUAAAAUCUGUUCUUAUACCCCGUAACAGGCUGCUAGCCGAGCAUCCAAACCAACUAAAAGUUCACAAUUCUCUCGCCACCACCGAGCAAAACCCAAGCCAAGCAGAUCAAAAAGGCUAGGGCGUUGUCCUCCGGCCGAACAGAGAUGACAAGUGUGUUACCCAAGCAGCCUGCGAAACAAGGCAUGCAUAUUAUUGUGUUGCCGUUGCUGCUGUUGUGUCAUGGAGUUGCCAACAUCCAUUGCUCAGCAGUUCACGAGAGCAGGCCGCAGGAUCUCCGCUCACUGCUCGACUUCAAGCGGGGCAUCACCAGCGAUCCACACAGAGCCUCGAGCAAUUGGACCACGAGGUCCCACUUCUGUCACUGGAAUGGUGUCCAGUGCACCUUGGAGCAACCACGGCGCGUCCGGGGGCUCCAACUGUCAAGACAAAGUUUGUCAGGCCAAAUCAGCUCCUCCCUAGGCAACCUUACCUUCCUUUAUGAACUUGAUCUCUCCUAUAAUAACUUUGUUGGUCCCUUACCUCUUCUCGGCGGCCUCCAACAACUGCAAUAUCUUUAUUUGAACAACAACAUUUUGUCUGGGAUAAUUCCUGAUGCACUUACAAACUGCUUCAACUUGACCUACUUAGACAUCUCUUCAAACUCACUGGUGGGUUCAAUUCCUCCAAAAUUAGGCCUACUAUCCAAUCUAGGAUAUCUCAAUCUGAGGUCAAAUCAACUCAAUGGAAGCAUUCCUUGUGAGCUUGGCCAAUUAAAGUUAAAAUACUUAAUCCUUGGAGACAAUAAGCUUUCCGGUGAAAUCCCACAAGCCUUCUUUCGUCUUUCUUCUCUACAAUAUCUAAGUCUAGAGCUCAAUAUGCUAGGCAAGGCAUUGCCACCUGAUAUAGGAGAACUUCUCCCUAAUCUCAUAGAGGUUACGUUGGAAAACAACAACUUUGAAGGUCCCAUUCCAGAUUCCCUAGGCAAUAAUGCCCUGGGGCUAAAGAUGAUAGAUUUAUCAUAUAAUAAUUUCACAGGGCGAAUUCCCACCUCUUUGGGAAAACUUUCAAAUUUGACUUUCCUAAACCUUCAAGAUAACCAGCUCGUAGCAAGAAAAAACCAGGACUGGGAAUUUCUUAAUGCAUUAAGAAACUGUAGAUUCCUUGAGGUACUUCACUCUCUUACAAUGAGCUGCAGGGAUCUCUUCCACAGUCAAUCGGUGACCUAUCCACCAGCCUUCAAGUGCUUCUGUUGGGUGGAAACAGCUUGUCUUCGCAAGUUCCACAGAGUAUAGGGAAACUUAGUGCCUUAACUUGGCUUGGACUUGGUGAGAACAACUUUAGUGGUACAAUUGAAGGAUGGAUUGAAAAUUUAAAAAGGCUAAGAAGACUAAGUCUGCAAUCGAACAACUUCACUGGGC